UAUCAGUCACAUGAUAUGCGAACUGAAUAGAAGGACAGCCUCCGAGUACAACUCAAAACUUCUCGUGUUUGUCCGCCAGUAAAGUAGUAGUUCCUAAGAUGCAGUCAGAACGAUGAGCUCCCAGAUGGUGGCUGAACACCAGAGGCCCUUUGACGCCGGGCCGCCGCUCCGCCUGGUUCCGCUCGCCACGCACGAGACAUCAUGGGCGCCCUCCUCAGCCAAGCUGGCGAUGCACGCCACCCUUGACGCAUGCAUCGUGCCGGACGCCAAUGGAGCAGCGCGAGUGGACACGGCGCAUGUGGUCGUGCUGGACAACUUUUUCUCCGAGGCUGAGCGCUCGGAGUUGCUGGACUUCAUAACGGAGCCAGGCUGGGACCACACGCGCGGCCCGCCGCUGGGCAAGUGGCAGCGCUCCACUCGGGACCGCACGGACGCGGCGCCCACCUGGGGCCUCACAGGCGACUGGCUCCAUCGGCUGGCAACGGAGCAGCUGCGGGCACGGGUUGAGGUCCAGAGCCGGCUGGCCGCCCUGUACCCUGACUAUCUUAUUGCGCACAUGCCGUCGUCGGACAUACAGGUGCAGGCUGAGAUGGCCGCAACAUCAGCAGGAGCAGCGGGGAUGGCGGACGAGCAAGAGGCAGAGGCAGAUGCAGGAGAGAGCGGCAUGGAGGUGGACGAUACGCAGCCGGGGGAGGCGGAGUAUGCAGGCGAGGGCGAUGGAGGUGGGAACGCUUCACCAGCGGGGUCACAUGACGCCGAAGAUGACGUGGAGGAGCAAGCAGAUGAAAUGCCCCAAGCCGGCGGCACGUCUGUGGACUGCAAUCAGUUCGUGGCCAACGCUGCUGUGCACGGCGACUCGUACUCGUGGCACGUGGACGCCGACCCCUCCACCCUGCCGUACCCUUCUCCAUGGACCCUCGAGUACGGCCAGUACGUCAACCGGGAGCCUGGGCUACCUCUGUUUGUAUCGCUGCUGCUGUACCUGAACCCCACCUGGGAGCGGCACUGGGACGCGGAGACGUUGUUUCUGGACACGCCCAGCGACUGCGGCGUGGUGGUGCGGCCCAAGCCCUACCGCGCUGUGCUGCUCGACCAGGACGUGCUGCACCGCCUGUCGCCGCCCUCCGCCGCGGCGGGCGGCAGGCCUCGCUACUCGCUGGUGUGGAAGCUGGUGUUCCUGCCGCGGCGGCCGGGGCAGCGCGUCAGCCUGGCGCGGCGGGACUGGGGCCGGCCUGCGGCGUUUGGCUCCGCGGCACUGUUAGACCGCGUGAUCGCAGGGCUACACAGCGGCAGUGGCGGCGGCGCUGGUGGCAGUGGGGCCGGCGGUGGCGGGCAUGGCGGCGGCAGCGCCACCUAUGACGAGGGGAUCGGCGCUGGCUGCAUUGGCGGCGAUGGGACUGGCGAUGGUGGGGCUGCCGAGGGUGGAGGGAGAGCUGGUGAUGCACAGGCGCAAACCGCGCAACUUGACCAGCAGCGGUCUGGCACAGCCAGAGGUGCAGACGCGGUGUCUGCGCGCGUGGUGGAGGCUGCUGGCAGGAAAUCGGCCAUUAGCGAGCUAGGCGGUGUGCCGAGCCCACAGCGGCCACCGUCGGAGCAGCACCAAGCGGCGGAGGCUUUGGCCGAUAAGCAGGCUGCUACGGUCGGUGACGCCGCUGCGGCCAAGCCAUUGAGCGCCGCCGCCAAGAAGCGCAAGCGGCGCGCUGAGGCGGCACGGCGGAAAAAGGCCAAGCUGGCGGCAGGCGACAGCGGGCCGGGUCCUGCGGACGAGGUGGAUGAGGCCAGCCCUGGGCCUGCUUCAACCGUUGCAGCGGACGAGGACGGGCCUGGGGGAGCGGCUGCUGUUGGCGGCGAGCGCGAGGAAUGCAGCUACACUCAGGGUGAAGCCGACGGAUCAGGGCGGCUGGCAGGAUCGGCAGCAGGUACCCCUCCAGCAGCAGUAGCAGGUGAGCAGGCGCCAGGCGAAGUGCAGCAACAGCAGCAGCAGCAGCAGCAGCAGCAGCAGCAGCAGCAGCAGCAGCAGCAGCAGCAGCAGCCCGUUGCUGGAAAGGGAGCAGCCGGACCGGUCGCCCCGCCGGGACAGGGCAAGCGGAAAGGGAAGCGGGGCGGUGUGCGGGUAAAGCGGAAGAAGGAGCUCGCCCUUGUGCGCGCCACAGCAGCACUGCCGCCGGCGCCAAUCGGGCCCUGGGCCAGCAGGUGGGGCCCACCUCCGACAACGGCAGCAACCCUGCGCAUUCAGCAGCAGCGCCAGCAUCCGGUGCAGGACAACGCUCAAAUGCAGUUGCCACAUGCUCAACAUCCGCUGCAGCUGGUGGCGCGCCUGUUGGCAGGGUCUGCGAGCCGGUUGCCCUCAGCAGACGGCAAGGAAGCGGACGCAACCGGCCCGAGCCCUGCAGCGCUAGCAGAGGCCGGAGGCAGUGCUACUGCAGGUCCCGAGUCCAGGCAGGGCUGUGACGGGCAGCAGGCAUGCGGGUCGGCUGGUGACUAGAUACCACCACUCAGAAACGAAAAAGCACGCGGGGCGGCGCAACAAGAAGGCCGCUGCUGUUGCUGCUACUGCUGCUGCUGCUUCUGCGGGUCAGAGGGCGGCGGGCCCGGGCAGUGGUGGCGAGCGGGUGGCAGGGUGCCCUUCGGACUGUUAACCAGGUCUUGAGGUACCCAGCCCACGCAACUGAACUGUGGCCGGUACGAGCAAUGGUAUGUUAAGGGCAGCUGCUGGUCUCUACCAGCAACACAACCGGGGGCCGCCUCAUUCGCAUGCGUGGGAUUUGGCCAGUGGAUAUGGUGUGGGUAGUUGUGGGUGCACGCCUGUGCGCCAAGGAAGGCUGGCGUGAUGGACGUAGGACAGCGCCACCCGGGGGCGAGGCUGCUCAAAAUUGCACUUGAUUGUCAUUGGGUACGAUUGUGUAUGCGCCGGGGGCGUUUCGUUUCCGACGCCACGGCCGUCGACGCCAACCGCCAGCCCUCGCCAGCGUAGUAUUAGAGCGAGUACUUGACAGGCGCGACAGAACGUGCGGCGCGGCUUCAUUGGCAAACCAAAGUUGGCAAACCAUUUAAUGGUCACAA